AUGGUCAGUCUCGGUUACCCUCCAGUAGCUGGCUCCGUCCAAACUCUACCGCCGGCUCCACGAUUGACUAGAUUGACCCAAUCCUCGAACAGAUCCAGGAGGAAUUCCUCGGUUACGGCCACUAUUCAGAGACCCAUUUCUUGUAAUAUUCACUUUCGUGGUAAGUAUUCUGUGAUAUUAAAGCAUAUGUUUUAUAUUACAGUAUCUAUAAUGUCUUUUUAUUAACCUUAUUAAAUAUUAUUUGUAAAGGUAUACUUUUGAGUUUUAUUGAUUUUUCACGCUUAAUAGUUAUUCAUUUACAUUGAGGUACAUUUAAAUAGUGAUAAGAGUAAUUUAGAUGGCUGUUCGUUGGACCGUGACAACAGAAACCCAACUCGAGACAAGAGUUGUCAUAACGACAUUACCCCAGCCUCUGAUGAAAGUUCCAAAUCUGCCAAUCUAAAUGAGCAGAUCUACAAGGUAAUCCCUAUUUUGUCGUUUCAAAAGAUAAUUUCAGACUGAAUUACUUUUAAAAUGUCUUUAGUAUACCUUGACCUUGUAAUUUGGUAUGACUUUAGGAGACCGAGUACCUGAAAGUUCUUCCGAACAGAGCAACUUUCUACCGCGACUACGGUGCCUGCACAACUCUUGGUCGCGGCAACUUUUCGCGCGUCUUCCUGUUGGAUUCUGGACGUCGUAAGCAGGCUGUUAAGGUAACUAUGUAUUUACUGGUAUCGCUGCAGUAUUUGGUAACUUUUCUUUUCAAGAUACUCUCAUAGUUCAUAAUCUUACUGUAACAUACCAAUGGUUUUCAUUUCAGGAAAUAGACAAAGAGAGGAUGUCAGGCAGACUGGACUACGUCUACAACGAAGUGAACAUCUUGGCGGAGUGUGAUCACGAGAACAUCUGUAAGCUGAUCAAGGCUUACGAGUCCCCCGGGUACUUCUUUCUGGUAUUCGAAUAUGCCCCGGUAAGUGGAGGAACCAGUAAUAUAUUGUUGUAGUUCGGAGAUCUGUUCGAAUUCAUAAAGCAAACCGGAAUUCCUGGAGAAGCCAACUGUGCGUGUCUUACUUAUCAGGUAAGAGAUACUGUAACAUUGUAAUAUCAUCAAUAGAAAAUGAAAAACUCAAAUCUUGACGUGUUUUGCUUUACAUUACAGUCCUUUAAUAACAUGUUUAGAACCAUUAAACAUUACCACCUUCUCCAUGUUUCAGAUAUGCUCAGCGUUACAGUACAUUCACGACAAGAGCAUCGUCCACCGUGAUGUGAAGCCAGAAAACAUAUUAAUAAUGUCUGAGAGCUGGGUCAAACUGACCGACUUUGGUCUAGCCUGCACAGUUCUUGGCCCUCUGUACCGAGUAUGUGGCACUCCAACGUACGUAGCUCCAGAAGUCAUUUCCGAGCAGGGCUACGGUAUUGAAGUAGACAUCUGGUCGUUGGGAGUGGUACUACACAUCAUGCUGAUUGGGUUUGCCCCAUUCAGAGCUCCGAAGCGGUCCCAACUGUUCAAACUGAUCAAGAAAGCGUACCUCGGAUUUGACUUUGCACGGUGGAAUCACAUUUCGACUGGUAUGUACAUCACAACGCUUAUUACUGUUUUAUUCGUAUCAUUUUCACAAUAUCUGAAUAUUAUUUGUCACACUUCAGAUGCUCAAACUACAGUACGCCGUAUGUUGUGUCCGAAUCCUCAACGUCGGGCCACGGCUUCCGAGAUCCUGAACGACGAGUGGAUCCAGUCUUUCCUUGUGUAA